AUGAAGUUGGUAGUAGCAGUAGGCCUGCUCUGCCUCGUGGCGGUGUACGCUAGGGAAUUGGGCGAGGAGGAUAAGGACCUCGUCGCAGCUGCCAGUGGCAAAUCCCAUCACCACGAAUCUGGUGGCGGGAAAGAACACCACGAGCACCACCAUCACGAACACGGGGAAAAGGGCCAUAAGGGUCAUAAGGGCCAUCACCAUCACCAUAAGGGAGAACACGAAGACCACGGGAAGCAUCACCACGAAGGGCAUCAUCACGAGCACGGAGGCGGCCACAAAAAGCACCAUGACGAGCAUGACCACCACGGACACCAUCACGAACACGGGCAUCACCAUAAGGGCGGCAAACACGGCCAUCACAAACACCACGACAAAGGAGAGAAAACCGACGGGUAUCACAAGAAAUACCACAAGGAUCAUUACCAUAAGGACCAUCACUUCUACGAUGACCAUCACAAGGAAGGCAAGCACCAUAAGAAAGGUGAUCAUCACCACCAUCACGAAAAGCACGGCGGCGGUCACAAGAAAGGCGGUCAUCAUGAUCACGGGCAUCAUGAGCAUCAUCAUGGCCAUCACAAGCAUCACGACAAGCAUCACCAUGAUGAAGAUCACAAAGGUCACAAGGGUCAUCACGGCCAUGAGGAGCAUCAUCAUCACCAUCAUGACCAUGGCAAGAAGGGCGGUCAUCACGACGGAAAGCACUGGGGAUUCCACCAUGGAAAGCACUAA